AUGCAUCGACUUCUGACCAAAAGGGUAAAAGCUGCAGCGGGGCAAAUGUGGACCACAAAUAACUAUUCAGUGCAAAAAUAUUUUAAAAAUGAUGUUCAGCAUUGCAAGGUACAGCCCCGGACUUCAGUAAGAAUAGUGUCUAAGGCUACAGAUGCUCAUCCCCUAGAUGCCUUCUGCAGAGAUGGGGAUAUGAACUUAAUUGUAAUGUUUCAAGACAUUAAGACUUCCCAAGAUGUCCUCCUGAGCCAAUUGACUGACAUUGUUACCGCCGUGUCCAUAAUCCAGGAAAAAAUUGACACUUACCAGAAGCAGAUGGAAGUCAUAGAAAUGAGGGUGAGUGUUAAUGAAGACAGGCGAUCCCAAAUGGCUAAUGAUCUCCUCUUAAUAAAAUCAGAUGUCACUGUUUUGAAGAAGAUAGCCACAGAACUUGAAGCUCAGAGUGCGUGCUCCACCUUGCAUUGUGUAGAGCUUCCUGAUGGAGAGAAGAGCAGAGAAAUAGUGGAACUGAUCCACAAUGUCAUGGGACCUACAAUACCACAAAAUUCACUGGUGACCACAGGUGAACUGGAGAAAGUCCACAGCAUGUUAGGAUCCAGACCCCAACAAGAUGAAAAAGCUGGCUCUCAGAUGAUAAAAAUAUUGAAGGAAAAUAGUCAAGAAAACAUAGUGAGGAGCUUAAAGAAAGCAAAUUCCAAUAUCUAUGUUUAUCCAGACUUCAGUACAUGGAUCAAACUCACUUUUGUCCAUGGAGGGAAGUGGAGAUUUUUUCUCAGUGCUACCAAACUGGAAGAAUUCAUCCAGUGGGUCCUUACUAUGCCAGCAGUCUUCCCUGGAAAGCCCCAGCUCAUAGCCCAAAAAUAUUAUCCAUUUGCUGGGCCUUUCACAUGCCUGACUACUCUCUGCCUAUCUGCUUUCAAUUACCUCUACUGUUUUUUUCAUUCUGGGAAAGAACAAGUAACUAGAAUGUAG